CAUACACUCACCCAGUCACUGUUCAUUGGGGUUGUGAAUUGAAGAAAGGCAAGACUACCAACUUUCCACAGGACAUUGAGAAUGAAGGUAUGAUAAAGGUUUAUAAUGUAGUACAGAAUUUUUUUCAUUUAAACUUUUUAACUUGAACCUGUUUUGAUAUUUUCUAUAGUUUAUGCUGCCUUUAAAACAACUGGGAACUCGGAAAUCUCCGACAUCGGUGCGUUCAAACAACUGGGGACUCAUGAAAAAAACGUGCUCCAAUGGGGAAAAAAUCGAUUUGAACAGUCGCCUCUUUCUAGAGCGACCUGAAGACUGCCGACGUUAUGAUUUGACCUCGUAUUUUUCCGAGUUCGUAGUUGUGAACGCGGCAUUAACAUUUGUGCUGUUGGAUGAAACCGUUCUUACGUAAAUAUGUAUGUGUAAAUAUAUAUGGCGUGGUUUAGAUGUAGUGAAAUUGUUUAUCCACUAACUGCAGAGGGAAUUACACUAAUUGUUGCACAACUUGAAAGACGUGACAUGCCAUUAUUUUCUGUGCCAAGGGUCCGAGAAGGAUGGCAAUACUAGUCCUGUCAAUCUUCCUUUUGCUCCCAGUAAUUUCUGAAGGUGAGUUCCUAUUUGAUAAUACGGCAUUAAAGGGGAAAUCUGAUUGCAACUUCAAUUUUUGACUUUCACAUUGAUAUACCCAUUGAAUAUGACUUGUAUACACUGAGUGUAAUAACUAGGAACAUGCGCUUUCCAUGAUAGACUGACCAGGCGAAGGCUAUUAUCCCUUAUUGAUGACACCUGCAAAAUCCACUUCAAUCAGUGUCGACAAAGGGGAGGAGAUGCGUUAAAGAAGGAUUUUAAAGCCUUGAGACGUGAAUGUGUGCCAUUCAGAAGGUGAAUGGGCAAGAUAAGAGAUUUGUGUCUUUUGAAUUGGGUAUGGUAGUAGGUGCCAGGCGCACCAGUUUGUGUCAAGAACUGCAACACUGCUGAGUUUUUCAAGCUCAACCGUUUCCCGAGUGUAUCAAGAAUGGUCCACCACCCAAUGGACAUCCAGCCAACUUGACACAACUGGGAUGUAUUGACGUCAACAUGGGCCAGCAUCCCUGUGCCACACUUGACACCUUGUAGUUCAUGCCCUGACGAAUUGAGGCUGUUCUGAGGGCAAAAGGGACUCCAUAUUAGGAAGGUGUUCCUUAUGUUUUGUUCGCUGUGUAUAAGCUUAGUUCAAGUGUCGUACCACAUCAGAACCCAAAUGAUUGUUCCACUCCAAUGUUUGUAAACAAUGCAAUUGUAAUAAAACACUAUGUAGCCUCAACAUGGUCAAUACUAUAAUUUUAAUUUCGUGGAUGGUCAGUCCCUACAUCCAUAGCUCUGUCUGAAUUUGAGUGGUUACAUUUCUCCAGCCCCAUCCCUCAGCUGUUUACCAGAACAGCGGUGGGGUGCCACUUUAUUGUUUGAAUUGCAGAUUGCCCCUUUAAGGACAGAUUGUAUAGUCAUUUUCUAUUGAGUGGUUAGAAGGUUGGGAGUUGGGUCAUUGUUCACUCUAUGUACUUUUCUGUGUUGAAUGUUGGUCUUAGUGCAGGGGUGGCUUUUGUACUGUCAGUGCAGAGAUGUCAUCUCUCAAGUUCUUUGCCAUGGUUUGUUCCAAAGUUUCACAUUCUUUUGUUACCAACAGGACAAUAUGGAGCUAGAUGUGAAGUUAUCCCAAAAGACCCAUACAUUGAAUUUGGCUCCGACAUUAAGAUUAUGUUUAAGAAGACAUGCAACGAGAGAAUCUCAGACAGCCACGGCAAAAUCUAUUGGACGAUAAACAACAAGAGCAUAGACGAGAGCCUCUAUGAAACUAACUCCUCCGUUGCUGCGGUGACAAUCUACAAUGUAUCCCUUCCAAAAGCAAUAGUACAAUGUCACAGCCAUUCAACUAAGCAAGUCUUGGGUGGUACCAUCAUACAGACAUACCGUACGUACCUACUUACAUUGUCUGUGUGCGUUACCUUCAGUAAAUCAACGUUAUUAUCAUGGAAUCUGGGGAAUGAAUCUUACCGUGAGAAUAAAUCAUGUCCUUACAUUUUUUUCAACAGGGAAACCCAGAAACAUAUCAUGUGUCACGUAUAUCUCAAAACAUUUUACAUGUCACUGGGAGCACAAGAUCAAACCCACAUCGAAAAUAACAUAUACCGUUUAUAGGGAAUGGUGAGUUCUGACUCAAAGACCUACUGCUUUUAUUUUUUACAUAUCUAUUUACUUAACACUUAUUUUUCUUAAAACCCUAUUGUUGGUAAAAGUGCUUUCUGUUUUCACUUCUCUUUUUGUGUAGGGAAAUAAGACAAGACGAAUGGAAGAGGGAUAAUUGUAGUUCUGGAAGCACGUCAUGCACUUUUAAUAGCCUGCCGAUACUUUCAAAGCUAAAUUACAUCACUGUGCGAGCUGAAAGCACAGUUUGGGAGACAAUCUCCGACACACUGGAACUGUAUCCCUGGGAUACAGGUAUGUAAUCAGAACGCAAAGCUUUGACUCUCUGGAGCAGUUUGCAAUCAAAUAAUGUUAUAUAUAAGUUGUGUGUGUCCACCAUUCAAAGCAAAUGAAAUGACAGACAUACCAGUGGAUAAUUGGAUUGCUGUCCAUCUUAAAGCUCAAUGUCCUUACACCAGUAUUUCUUUAUCUAUUGCAUUGUUUGUGUAAUUGAGUUCUGACAUUACUUACCCAACCUGACAUUACUUACCCAACCUGACAUUACUUACCCAACCUGACAAUACUUACCCAACCUGACAUUACUCACCCAACCUGACAUUACUCACCCAACCUGACAUUACUCACCCAACCUGACAUUACUUACCCAACCUGACAUUACUACCCAACCUGACAAUACUUACCACCUGACAUUACUUACCCAACCUGACAUACUCACCCAACCUGACAUUACUUACCAACCUGACAGUUACUCACCCAACCUGAAAUUACUCACCCAACCUGACAAUACUUACCCAACCUGACAUUACUCACCCAACCUGGACAUUACUCACCCAACCUGACAUUACUCACCCAACCUGACAUUACUUACCCAACCUGACAUUACUCACCCAACCUGACAUUACUCCCACCUGAAACCAUACUUACCCAACCUGACAUUACUUACCCAACCUGACAUUACUCACCCAACCUGACAUUACUACCCAACCUGACAAUUACUUACCCAACCUGACAUACUCACCCAACCUGACAUUACUCACCCAACCUGACAUUACUACCCAACCUGACAUUACUCACCCAACCUGACAUUACUUACCCAACCUGACAUUACUCACCCAACCUGACAUUACUUACCCAACCUGACAUUACUUCACCCAACCUGACAUUACUUACCCAACCUGACAUUACUUACCCAACCUGACAUUACUCACCCAACCUGACAUUACUCACCCAACCUGACAAUACUUACCCAACCUGACAUUACUCACCCAACCUGACAUUACUCACCCAACCUGACAUUACUUACCCAACCUGACAUUACUCACCCAACCUGACAUUACUCACCCAACCUGACAUUACUCACCCAACCUGACAUUACUCACCCAACCUGACAUUACUACCCACCUGCAUUACUCCCAACCUGACAUUACUACCCAACCUGACAUUACAUUACUCACCAACCUGACAUUACUCACCCAACCUGACAUUACUCACCCAACCUGACAUUACUCACCCAACCUGACAUUACUCACCCAACCUGACAUUACUUACCCAACCUGACAUUACUCACCCAACCUGACAUUACUUACCCAACCUGACAUUACUUACCCAACCUGACAUUACUCACCCAACCUGACAUUACUCACCCAACCUGACAUUACUUACCCAACCUGACAUUACUCACCCAACCUGACAUUACUUACCCAACCUGACAUUACUCACCCAACCUGACAUUACUUACCCAACCUGACAUUACUUAACCCAACCUGACAUUACUCACCCAACCUGACAUUACUCACCCAACCUGACAUUACUUACCCAACCUGACAUUACUCACCCAACCUGACAUUACUUAACCCAACCUGACAUUACUCACCCAACCUGACAUUACUUUACCCAACCUGACAUUACUUACCCAACACUGACAUUACUCACCCAACCUGACAUUACUACCCAACCUGACAUUACUUACCCAACCUGACAUUACUUACCCAACCUGACAUUACUCACCCAACCUGACAUUACUUAACCCAACCUGACAUUACUUACCCAACCUGACAUUACUCACCCAACCUGACAUUACUCACCCAACCUGACAUUACUUACCCAACCUGACAUUACUACCCAACCUGACAUUACUACCCAACCGCAAACCUGACAUUACUUACCCAACCUGACAUUACUUACCCAACCUGACAUUACACGUACUCCCCACCCAAACCCAACCUGACAUACUUACCCCUAAACCUGACAUUACUUACCCAACCUGACAAUACUUACCCAACCUGACAUUACUCACCCAACCUGACAUUACUCACCCAAACCUGACAUUAUUACCCAACCUGACAAUUAACUCACCCAACCUGACAUUACUCACCCAACCUGACAUUACUCACCCAACCUGACAUUACUCACCCAACCUGACAUUACUCACCCAACCUGACAUUACUACCCAACCUGACAUUACUCACCCAACCUGACAUUACUUACCCAACCUGACAUUACUUACCCAACCUGACAUUACUACCCCAACCUGACAUUACUCACCCACACUGACAUUACUACCCAACCUGACAUUACUUACCCAACCUGACAUUACUUACCCAACCUGACAUUACUACCCAACCUGACAUUACUACCCAACCUGACAUUACUCACCAACCUGACAUUACUCACCCAACCUGACAUUACUACCACCUGACAUACUCACCCACCUGACAUUACUACACCUGACAUACUCACCAACCUGACAUUACUUACCCAACCUGACAUUACUCACCCAACCUGACAUUACUUACCCAACCUGACAUUACUUACCCAACCUGACAAUACUUACCCAACCUGACAAUACUUACCCAACCUGACAUUACUUACCCAACCUGACAUUACUUACCCAACCUGACAUUACUUACCCAACCUGACAUUACUCACCCAACCUGACAAUACUCACCCAACCUGACAAUACUUACCCAACCUGACAUUACUUACCCAACCUGACAUUACUCACCAACCUGACAUUACUCACCCAACCUGACAUUACUCACCCAACCUGACAUUACUUACCCAACCUGACAUUACUUACCCUGUUUUUCAAGUGAAAAUUGACCCUCCAACGAAUGUGCUGGUGGUUCCUCUCCCUGCUAGUCUAAGGAUUGAAUGGGAAAAUCCAGGCACAGACUAUCCUGACCAGGUCACACACUGUCAAGUCCAAUAUGGCAAGGUACACCGCUCAUUUAUUAAAUGUUAUGUUGUCUGUGUGUUGUUUGUUGCUCGGUGCAAUGUGCUAUUUUCCCGGACUAGUCGAAGUUAACGUGACUGUUUGUUUUUGCCACUCAUAUCUUUGUUUCUUCUCUCUGUGUAAAUGUCCAGCAUGUAAUGGAUACAUCUAUGAACACAGGGGCCACGACUGCCUCUGUCACUUCUGCAGAAGUGGAGCCAUGCACCAACCACACAGUGUCUGUCCGCUGUGCUUUAGAAAAGGCCCCUUGGAGUGAAUGGAGCAGGCAGGUGACAGUUCUGUCCUCUCUCAACGGUAAGAAAACAUAAAGCCCCAGUAAAUCACAAUCGCUGUAUAGGUUUUCAGGAGAAGUAAAAAAAUAUAUAUAUAUUUUCAGAAUGCAUGUUUGAAGUGAUGGGUAUAAGUCAGGGCCUGUAUUAAUAAAACAUCUCAGAGUACUGAUCCAGGAUCAGGUCCCCCCUUGUCCAUGUAAUCUUAUUCAUUAUGCUCUAAAAGGCUAAAUGUGGCCUAGAUCAGCACUCUUACUCUGAGAUGCUAUGACGUCUCUACUGUCUGUUUUUGUUUUUCACUGUUAACAUUUUGUUAUUGCAGACAUGAAUUUGAAUGCACAUAUUUGCUGUACUUGAAGAAUGAGGCGUUAGACUUUGAUUGAAUAGCACGCAAUGGUCUGUGUGUUUGUCAUGCACCCUUAUCAAACGUUAUCAUGUUUUUGGUUUUUUGCUGUAAGCUUCCUCACGUUAUCGUCUGGCACGGUUUGAUAGGGAUAAGCAAUGUGGCUGAAACAAUUUCGCCAUCCCAGUUGUCUCAUUCGAUGAGUAAUAAUAGGAAGGAUGCAUUUUGAAAGUGUUUUAAACGGAGCUGUGGUCUGUGUCUAGGUGGAGCACAGGACUUGUGAAAUGGGUUGUGGUGAGAGACAUUGUGAACUAAUCACUCAUUAUGUUUUUUGGAACACAUUAGUCAGCCACAGUAUGCUUUCAGUUUCAGCCUUAAUAUUGAAUACUAGGUUUCAGUUUGUCUUAGUAUUGAAUGUUCACUACACCUUCUCCUACAGUACAUCACAAAAUGACUUGUAACAUUGUGAUGCUUUUUGAAAGAGGCCUAAAUUCAAAAAUCAAAGGUUCAAUUGGAACAUGUGGUUAUUAUAACUAGGCUAAACUGUAUGUAUUCUAUGUCAACAGUGAGCACAGUGCAGUUGGACCUGUGGAGGAAGAUGGAUGCACCAGACGACACUGGGACUAGAACAGUGCACCUGAUGUGGAAGGUAGGGAGGCUAGAGAAGGAAUGUAUAGCACUUUACAUAAUCAACAUUAUACCACUCUCUUGUUCUGUAUUGGUUAGUCACUACCAAGGGUCUCCAGCUCUGGUUCUGGGUAGCUACAGUGUACAUGGACUGUUGUUCCAGUCCACCACUAACACAUCUGAUUCUACAAAUCAAAAUGUCAUCGAAACCUUGAAGCAGGUAUGUUAGUGCUGGGUUGAAACUACAACCUUCUCACCCAGUACCUCCCCAGCACCACAGUUGGAGACCUUUGGUCUAAAGCUUUUCAAAGCUGUGUAACUCUAACAAGAGUUUCCUUCCUCAAAACUAGGGUUGCAAAACUACCACCAAUUUACCAGGGUAAUCUAUGGCAAUCUAUGGUACCUUUUUGGUAAUUUAUACUUGAAUAACUUUUGAAAACCUGUAUUCAUAUAUAGUAUUCAUUUUUUAUACAUUGUCCAUGAGUUUCUAGUGGAUAGACCAUAUGGUUCAAGAGGAAAUAGCCUAAUUAAUGAAAAACGCAUCUAAUCAACAUUGGCAUUAUUUUCAGUUAACUCUGCAACACUUCCAACUAUUGACUUUUUUCACCAUUGCCACCAGUUUGGCGCCAAAACAUUUACAACAAAUACAUACUAUUUUUGUAUUUUAUUUAUUUAACCUUUAUUUAACUAGGCAAGUCAAUUAAGAACAAAUUCUUAUUUACAAUAAAUACGUGUUUAAAUAACGUAAACAAAGGAUGGUUUAUAUGUAGGAUAAUGUUUUACAGCUUCGUCAUUCCAUUUAAAAAAAAAUCAUAUUUUAAUUAUUUUAUAUAUUUUAUGUGAUAAGGCCACACAGAGGGCUAGAGAUCAUUAGACACCUGUGAUAAUCUGAAGUACCCAAAAAGGCCACUAGAUAUCAUGUGAUAAAUUCCUUGAGAAACAGGAAAAAGUCUUGGCACACUUCCAGUCAGAUGCACAUUUAUUUAAUUGUAGCUGAGCUUUCGGUCAGUCGACCUUCAUCAGGUUGACCGAAAGCUCAGCUAUAAUUCAAAUAAAUGUGCAUCUGUCUGGAAGUGUGCCGAGACUUUUUCCUGUUUCUCUAGUUUAGCCUUUUGCCUCCAGCACCUUCACUAAUCAGCUCUGGGUGUGCGUUAGAUUCUGCCAAUCAUCUACGUGUGAUAAAUUCCAUAACAUACUUUAACUUCACCAAAAUUCUAGUUGCUUAUUGAUAAACAUUGAAAGGUACCAGUAAUAUACCCGCCCUUUGCAACCCUACUAAAAAAUAUGAGUAAAUCUCAAACCAAAUUAUUCUGACCGGGUGUGAUUUAUUUUCUAACUUCGUCUUUUCUUCUUUGUACAGGGCAUCUCCCCUGCAUGCAAGGCCAUCGAUGGAUACAGGCUGACAUACAUGGCUGAUGAAAAGCACAUACCUGACAUACAUUUGGACAGCGUUGUGGAUAAGGCUUCUAUCACUGUGGACCAGCAGGCGUACAGAGUCACUCUCGCUGUCUAUCGUGGUAACACCACAUUUUCUGAACAGUCAAUCUAUGUACCCGCCGUUGGACAAAGUAAGUUGCCAUACUUGACACGUAUUCAAUAUGCAAUUGCCAGUCAUCCAAUUUAGUUGCAUGUGAUUAGCUAGCAGAUAUGAGUCAUAUCUAUCAUGAUAUAUCUAUCUAGUAGUAGAAAGUUAUCACAUUAUCUCACUACUCUUUAUAGUAUAGGCGCUACUACUACACUAAACUCAAUGUUUCAACACAAGCCUCUAACAAUUUAAACGUCUUCUACUAUCAUAAAAAUACGAAUGGACAGCUGAAGAAAGGCAUCGUUUUCCUUUAGAAAAAAUACCUGUUCUAGUUGUGUGUUAUUUACAGUGAGUUUUAUUUAGAAGUGAUUCUAAGCUUCUGUGUGCUACAGUGUCACAUUCAUGAGUUUCUGUGUGUCAGGUCUCCCCCAGGUUAGGGGUGCACAGGCCUCAGCCCAUGACGGUGACAUCCAGGUCAGCUGGGCUGUUCCUCCUCUCCUCUCUGUCCAUGGAUACAUCAUAGACUGGACCACCGAUGGAGAUCCAUACACCUGGCUACAGAGCCAAGACACUCACAUCUCAUUGACUGGUGAGCUUGGAUUCUAAAGAAUGGAUGGAUGGGUGGGUGGAUUGGAUGGGUGGAUGGGUGGGUGGAUUGGAUUUGCAGAUGUUAUCGCAGGUGCAGCGAAAUGCUUGCAUUUCUAGCUACAAUCAGGUAUUACACCUAGCAAUACAAUUGUUUUUAUAUAUAUAUAUGAUGAGCCAUGAGUAGAAUACAGUAUAUACAUAUAAAUUGGGUAAAACAGUAUGUAAACAUUAUUAAAUCAACUGGUAAUAUUGUGUGUAUACAUCCCACAUUAAAUUACCACCACUCCUCCUGUUAUCCCAGUAACCAAUUGGUGAAAUCUACUUUGGGAUGUUUUCAAAAGCUAUUUUUUCCCCUCUCAUAGGCCUGCAGCCUUUUAAACUAUACAACAUCACAGUAACUCCACUCUACGAUGACAAGACAGGACUGGGAAAAGUCAUUCAGAUCUGCUCAAUAGAAAGAGGUAUCGUUCACAUUUUCCCCUCUUUCUUUUGCCCCUUUGGGGUAAUGCUUAUGUAUCUUCAUAUUCUUAUAGAUUCUUAUAUAUUCAAAUUAUUCAACGUUUUAAUUGUAUCUGUCCCCAAAUAAAUUGAUUACUAAAUCAUAUUUUCUUUAUCAACUCAGCUCCAGGGAAUAUAUCCUCCGUUGAUGUACAUGUUCAAGACAAAAGUGCUCAGGUCAACUGGACUGCUGUGCCUCAGAGCCAAUGUAGCAGUGUUGUCAUCAACUAUACUGUGUUCUACAAGACUGAAACACAACCAGAGCUGAGUAAGUCUCCUGAAACAUUGUUUUAACUUUGUUAUAACGGCCUUAUCUUAGCACAUUGGUCACCAUAGCAACACCCACCCGUAGUAUGCGUUCCAGCAGGUAUAUCUCACUGGUCAUCCCCAAAGCCAACACCUCCUUUGGUCGCCAUUCCUUCCAGUUCUCUGCUGCAAAUGACUGGAACGAACUGCAAAAAUCUCUGAAGCUGGAGACACUUAUCUCCCUCACUAUCUUUAAGCAUCAGUUGUCAGAGCAGCUUACCGAUCACUGCAGCCCAUCUGCAAUUAGCCCACCCAACUACCUCAUCCCCAUAUUGUUAUUUAUUUUGUUCAUAUGCACCCCAGUAUCUCUAUUUGCACAUCAUCUUCUGCACAUCUAUCACUCCAGUGUUAAUACUAAAUUAUAAUUGUAAUUAUUUUGCACUAUGGCCUAUUUAUUGCCUUACCUCCAUAACUUACUACAUUUGCACACACUGAAUAUAGAUUUUCUAUUGUGUUUUUGACUGUACGUUUUGUUUAUUCCAUAUGUAACUCUGUAGUUGUUUUCACCAUACUGCUUUGCUUUAUCUUGGCCAGGUCGCAGUUGUAAAUGAGAACUUGUUCUCAACUGGCUUACCUGGUUAAAUAAAGGUGAAAUAAAAUAAAUCAAUAAAUAAAUGUCAACUGUACCGAGGGUCAUGUCCUGUUGUUUUUCCUCCUCUCUCAGACGUGACUGUAAACAGCUGGAAACAGGAAGUGACUUUGGAGCCUCUCCAACCAGGCACCAGAUACAGUGUCCAUGUCAUGGCCAGCGCUGUUACUGGGGCAACCAAUAGCAGCGUCACUCACUUCACCACCAACAGAUACAGUAAGGUCAUGUCUGUAGGCUUCCCCUGCCUCUGAUAGUAACUCAUGGUAACACAGAUUGACACUUUAAAAGUCUCUCUAUGGCACUACACAUUCAUUCCAUGUAUCCGCUUUGACGCACAGGGUUACAGUAACAAAUGUUCUAACCAUAGAAUUACAGUAACUAGAACUGACAUUCAAGUCGAUCUUCCUUGCAGGCUGGACCUGUGGACAUAUAGAGUGCACUCGUCUGUACCAGUCAUAUUGCUGAUCUGAGAGGCUUUGUCUUUUCUAGUGGUUUUAAUUCUAUGGUUCUCUGACAUGUUGCCCCAUCCAUACACUACCGCUCAAUUGUCCAAAAACACUAUUUGCUGUUGUAUUCUCCAUGUCGUUGUUUCAUAGCCAAGGUGUGGUAACAUAAGGAAGUGAAUGGCAGGUUCUUAUAGUAAUGUCUCUGUGUCUGUCCAAUCAGGCUGGACCUUCAUCAUAAUGCUCUGUGUCUUGAGUGGUCUCAGCAUCAUCAUCGUCCUAGUCACUGGACUUUUCUGCGUCAUUCAGUAUGUUCUGCCAUAGAUCUCAGUAUGUUUUAAAGCUGCAGAUUUUCUUCCCUGUAUACGUACAGACAGCAAACGUCUAUGUCCCAAAUGGCUCCCUAUUUAGUGCACUGCUUUUUGACCAGGGCCCAUCACUCACUUCAAGUCAAUUAUGUCCGAAAAGUCAGAUGAUUGAAUGUUCUAUGUAAUGUCUGUUAACUGAUCCCUAGGUGGAACAGGUUUUUGGGGAAGAUGGUGCCAAACCCCGGUCUCAGCUCCUUGGUAUUCUGGUCUUCACAGGAUUGUCAUAAGGUAAACAUGAUAAUGACAUGAUAAUCCUUUUAUAUUGUAUCAUUUCAUCCUCCAACACAUUCCAUUUAGGCCUAUCCUACAGUAUAGACAAUGGAUACUGUAUCGAACAUGUCCUUCCAUUUCACUAGUCUGAAGAAAAGGGAUAUGAUAUCCACUACCGUUCAAAAGUUUGGGGUCACUUAGAAAUGUCAUUUUUUUCGAAAGAAAAGCAAUUUUUUUGUCCAUUUAAAAUAACAUCAAAUUGAUCAGAAAUACAGUGCAGACAUUGUUAAUGUUGUAAAUGGCUAUUGUAGCUGGAAACGGCAGAUUUUUUAUGGAAUAUCUACAUAGGCGUACAGAGGCCCAUUAUCAGCAACCAUCAGUCCUGUGUUCCAAUGGCACGUUGUGUUUGCUAAUCCAAGUUUAUCAUUUUAAAAGGCUAAUUGAUCAUUAGAAAACCCUUUUGCAAGUCUGUUAGCACAGCUGAAAACUGUUGUGCUGAUUAAAGAAGCAAUAAAACGGGCCUUCUUGAGACUAGUUGAGCAUCUGGAGAAUCAGCAAUUGUGGGUUCGAUUACAGGCUCAAAAUGUCCAGAAACAAAUAACUUUCUUCUGAAACUCGUCAGUCUAUUCUUGUUCUGAGAAAUGAAGGCUAUUCCAUGCGAGAAAUUGCCAAGAAACUGAAGAUCUCGUACAACGCUGUGUACUACUCCCUUCACAGAACAGCGCAAACUGGCUCUAACCAGAAAGGUUAGAGGACAAAAUACAUUAGAGUGUCUAGUUUGAGAAACAGGCGCCUCACAGGUCCUCAACUGGCAGCUUCAUUAAAGAGUACCCGCAAAACACCAGUGUCAACGUCAACAGUGAAGAGGUGACUCCGGGAUGCUGACCUUCUAGGCAGAGUUGCAAAGAAAAAGCCAUAUCUCAGACUGGCCAAUAAAAAGAAAAGAUUAAGAUGGGCAGUCUGAGAUAUGGCUUUUUCUUUGCAACUCUGCCUAGAAGGUCAGCAUCCCGGAGUCGCCUCUUCACUGUUGACGUUGAGACUGGUGUUUUGCGGGUACUAUUUAAUGAAGCUGUAUGAAAAUGUAUUUGUCCUUUUGCUCAGUUGUGCACCGGGGCCUCCCACUCUUCUUUCUAUUCUGGUUAGAGACAGUUUGUGCUGUUCUGUGAAGGGAGUAGUACACAGCGUUGUACGAGAUCUUCAGUUUCUUGGCAAUUUCUCACAUGGAAUAGCCUUCAUUUCUCAGAACAAGAAUAGACUGACGAGUUUCAGAAGAAAGUUAUUUGUUUCUGGACAUUUUGAGCCUGUAAUCGAACCCACAAUUGCUGAUUCUCCAGAUGCUCAACUAGUCUCAAGAAGGCCCGUUUUAUUGCUUCUUUAAUCAGCACAACAGUUUUCAGCUGUGCUAACAUAAUUGCAAAAGGGUUUUCUAAUGAUCAAUUAGCCUUUUAAAAUGAUAAACUUGGAUUAGCAAACACAACGUGCCAUUGGAACACAGGACUGAUGGUUGCUGAUAAUGGGCCUCUGUACGCCUAUGUAGAUAUUCCAUUAAAAAUCUGCCGUUUCCAGCUACAAUAGCCAUUUACAACAUUAACUAUGUCUACACUUUAUUUCGGAUCACAUUUCUAAGUGACCCCAAACUUUUGAACGGUAGUGUGCAUUUCAUUCAUUAAGUUUCAACACAAAUCUUACACUUUUAGACCAUUACUUAUGGAUGACACUGUUCAUGUUCCAAAUAGGCACAUUCACCCCCCUUUCUCUACCCUGUAACUAUUUCCCAGGUCAUUGCUGUAAAUGAGAACGUGUUCUCAGUCAACUGACCUGGUAAAAUAAGGGCAAAAUAAAUAGAAUGUUGGUCUUCAUGUUGGCUCAACAGUUUCUGUUAUCCCUACUGUCUUCACAAUUCCUGUCUGGAAACCCACAGAUCCAGCCCUUUAACAACCUGCCUAAACUCGAAACCUUCUGUGAGAGAAUCUACCCUUGUGACGUGAACGCCAUAACAGACGACAUCAUGGGAUCAACCUCUACAGAAGACGAGGACAUACAGGACAAGGGCAACGAGACAGUCUGUGACCAGACAGCGAGAUGGAGCUCUGGCUUCGGUAGCAGGACCUCCUGUGACAGCCAACCCAGAGAGGAGAGCAGUAACCUGGGCCUGGCCCCAACCUGCCUCACUUUACUGGCUCAACAAGACGGAGGAAUCAACCUGGUGGAGUCAACCACCUCUGAGGACUCAUCAUCAGAGCCAUCAGACCUACAGGCCUCCGAGAGCUGUCCCAUCAACUCCUACAGGUUGCAGAGUCCAGGGGAAUGCCCUGUGAGGUUGGGGCUGGGGAGAGGCGAGGCGAUGGUCGGGCGCCACAGAGGAGAGUAGGAGCCUUUUGGACACCAAGCAGCAUAGCAUCAAAGCUCCUCUCACAGCGUACAUCACUCUGGACAUGUUUGAACACAGGCGGCCAGCUGAAGGAAAGUAAACAGACAUGAACACACUCCUGAAUCCAGUGGACUUCUCAGUGUCUUUCCUGUACCUUUAUUCAUUCAGUUUUAAUGUCUCAUAUAGGCUACUGUGUUUUUGUGUUAGUGGUACUUUUAAAUAUACAUUUUGUAAUUGUACUUGAGUGACAAUUUGUAUGUGUAUUUGUAGAUUGUAAAGCUGGAUAGAUAUCCGUUUUUGCAUUAAGAUGGUUCUUUCAAUUUGACUUUUGCACUUGCAUCUGUUUAGACAAACUCAUAUAAAUAUCAAUCUAUACUGUUGUAAGUGGUAGAAUAUAUCUCAUCAAAUGUUUUAGUUUCUUGUCAAUGAGGACUGCUGUUGAAACAACUUAAGCAGUUCCCUUUCCGUCCACUACCAGUAUGCCGUUUGGUUUGGGGGAAGGGGUGUUGCAACAUCCCUUCCUGAGAACAGAAAGCGAGUGUGCCAAGACGGAAGAUGGAAAAUUUUCAGUAACAGGGUCAGAACAAUGUCUCUUGAGUCACUGGCUGGGUGGUAGCCUAGCGGAUAAGAGGUUGGGCAAGUAACCGAAAGGUUGCUGGUUCGAAUCCCCGAGCUGACUAGGUGAAA